GAGGGCGGAGGCGGAGGCCAGUUCCCCAGUUCCAGUCGCCGUCGCCUGCACAGUUGCAGCCGCCGCCUCCCACCAGCUCGCCUAAGGAAAAGGGAACGCGCGCUAUCACGGGCGUCCCCGCCCCAGUCUUUCCCCGGAACCAUGAACCCUAACUGUGCCCGGUGCGGCAAGAUCGUGUACCCCACGGAGAAGGUGAACUGUCUGGAUAAGUUCUGGCAUAAAGCAUGCUUUCACUGCGAGACCUGCAAGAUGACCCUGAACAUGAAGAACUACAAGGGUUAUGAGAAGAAGCCUUACUGCAAUGCACACUACCCCAAGCAGUCUUUCACCAUGGUGGCCGACACUCCGGAAAACCUCCGCCUCAAGCAACAGAGCGAGCUGCAGAGUCAGGUGCGCUACAAGGAGGAGUUUGAGAAGAAUAAGGGCAAAGGCUUCAGCGUGGUGGCAGACACGCCCGAGCUGCAGAGAAUCAAGAAGACCCAGGACCAGAUCAGCAAUAUCAAAUACCAUGAGGAGUUUGAGAAGAGCCGCAUGGGGCCCAGUGGAGGUGAAGGUGUGGAACCAGAGCGCCGAGAACCCCAGGACAGCAGCAGCUACCGGAGGCCCCCAGAGCAGCAACAGCCACAGCCUCACCAUAUCCCAACCAGUGCCCCAGUUUACCAGCAGCCGCAACAGCAGCAGGUGACCCCGUCCUAUGGUGGCUACAAGGAGCCAGCAGCCCCUGUCUCCGUACAGCGCAGUGCCCCAGGUGGUGGAGGGAAACGGUACCGGGCAGUGUAUGACUACAGUGCUGCGGAUGAGGACGAGGUCUCCUUCCAAGAUGGAGACACCAUCGUCAAUGUGCAGCAGAUCGAUGACGGCUGGAUGUACGGGACCGUAGAGCGCACCGGAGACACAGGGAUGCUGCCAGCCAACUACGUGGAGGCCAUCUGAGCCCCAUGCUGCCCCACCCUCCGUCUUCAAUGCAUUCCAUGGCAUCAUAUCUGUCCUGGGGCCUGACCCGUCCACCCUUCAGUGUCUCUGUCUUUUAAGAUCUUCAACUGCUUCUUUAUCCCUGACCCUCCUCCAGCUUCUGUUGCCAACCCAAGCCUUGUUCUGCCCCUGGGCUCCUUUCUCUGGCAGGUUUUCCCUUGGACCAAUCAACUGAUUGAUUUUUUCCCCUCUCUGGAUGGAACAUGCUGGGCACUCUGGGGAGGGCUGGGUUGUUCUGAGGAGGGUGGGCUCACAGGGCUGGGCUGAAAUGGGAGACUUAGACUGGGUAUAGUGGCAUACACCUUUAAUCCCAGCAGAGGAUUAAUUCCAGAGAAGGGAGGCAGAGGCAGGCAGAUCUGUGACUCUGAAGCCAGCCUGGUCUACAUCGUGAGUUUCAGGACAGCCAGAGCUAUGUAGUGAGACCCUGUCUCAGUUUCACUUCCUGCCUUAGGCCCUGGAAACCCCUGGCCCAGCUCCCCUGACACCCUUCCUCCUAGAGCUGGGGUGAGCUGCAUACUCCUCAUACCUCCAGGUGGGGCUCCACACAUCCCCAGGGGGUGGGUAUCAAAGGCCUCAGUUGUGUAGAGAACGAUGUGAUUGAUGACCUUUCCCCUAGUCCAUCUUCCUGAAUCUGCCUCCUCCUGGGGGCAUCCAGGGGAGAACAAAGCUCCUGCUUCAGGCUGAAUCCCUGCCUCUGUGUACAGUCCUUCACACGGACUGUGCCAUUCUGCCCACACAAACCUAGAGUGGCCAAAGAGCUCCCCAGAAAUCCCAGCUUGGGUCAGAUUCUUGCCUUAGUUCUAGGGGCAGCAGUAGAAAGGAAGGAACGGGGUGUUCUCCUCAGGCUUGUUUGCUUCCCUCCUCCGAAGCCUCCCGGGACUCUCUUUAUCUCCCUGGCUGAGAGCCUGCUGUGAAGAGUAGAGCUAGGGACAGAAGCCUUUGGGACUUGACUGAGCUGUUUCUUCCUGUUCCCCUGGGUAAAGGUCUCUGUCUCCUGUGGCCUUCCUUCCCCAGCACAAGGCUGGACUGGCUUAGAGCUCUGCAAAGCCAGAAAAUGGAGAGAGUUUUCUGGAGCACAGGAGGCCCUCCCACCUAACUGGGGAGGUGGGAGAAGGCUUCUAGGUUAGACAUGUGCUUUCCUGUCUUUGUGUCUAAGGCUACAGAGUAUGGUACCAGAAGGACCAAGUCACCCGCACUGUUGUGGCACCUCACCUGAGGCUCUCCUGUCCUUGAAGCAAAGGAGAGAGUCCAGGGCUCCAAAGCUGGCAGCACCAUCUCUGGGCUAGUGCUAAACUCAAGUUCCUCCUUUGCAUCUGGGGCCUGGGGCAGUGCUCACUUGACUUCAUUCAUCUCUGGGUUUUCUUGUCACUCCUCCUGGGUCCCCUGAGUCCGAUACAGGUCCCUUUACAUACUCAGACCCUGCUGCAGGUGAUGUUUGAACCUGAAGACCUUGGUCAGGCCAGCAUUGUGGUUGUCAUGAGGGCUUGCCAGAGUAACCAUCUUCCUGCCUGGUCAAUCCCUUUACUUCCGACCCUAGCUUGGGUGAAGGCAAGGAGUGUUCUGGUGGGCACGGGGAGAGCCUUGUAGGGGCAUCUCAGGAGCCACUGGGGAGGAUCCGGUCCAUUCCAUUUCCUCUUGAUCUCAAAGCACAAUGUGGUUCUGGGGACCAGAGGUCAGGGGCACUUGCUCUUGGAGGGCCUGUGUUCAGGAGGUGCUACAAGCCUCCUGGUUCCUCUCAGCUGAACCUCCCUUCCCAACAUGUCAAAUCAGCUGCUCUUCUAGUGUCCUAGAAAUGGGGAGGGGGGAGGGUUCUUUCAUACACCUGCAGAGGGAAGGGGAACUACUUAAGGUGCUGAGGGCCCCAAGCCUGCUGGAGUCCAUACUCUUACAGAAGCAUUCACCCCUAGAAGAGCACAGAAUCCCCAAGCCCGUGGUCUCUUCAUUUGUAAAGUCUUUUCAGCCAAUCAAAACCCAGGAAAGAAGGCACCUUGGCUAUACUGUGAACUUAACGUUUGUGAACCAAUCCUGUAAUGCAAGAAGCCUCGUGGCGAGGGACAUGAAUUCUCCCCAUGUUGCUUCCUGGUUUCCCUCCUCAUGUUCCUUCAGGGAACAGUUUAUUUUCUAAUAGCUGGACACGAGACAAAAAGUACUACCCCACAGAGCCUGUAUUUAAACAGAAACAGAAGUGACCCUGUGAAGUCCGCCUCUGUCCAACAUUUCAUCUGUGUGAGUGGGGUGUGUGUGUGUGUGUGUGUGUGUGUGUGUGUGUGUGUGUGUGUGUGUAGCCACCCACACUCAUCUUUUAUAUUGGGUUGUCAUCUUUCUUUGGUCUGUUUGGUUCCCUCCCUCCCGGCCUCGUGCUUGGGAUCAAUUCUUUCUGGCCUGUUAUGAUUUUGAACAUUGACUUGAACCACAAAGUGAAUCUUUAUCCUGGUGACUCAAAUAAAAGUGUAAUUUUUACCUGCGGA